AAAAAUGCCAUGGGAUAUUGUCAGUUCAGAUUUUGGGGGAGAAGAAACGGUCAACUUUGGGCCGCGGGAGGAGUCAGGGUCAGCACUGUACCAGAUUGAUACCCUGGCUACAAUAUCAUCACAAAAAAAGGAAACAGAAGUUCCCCAUAUUGUGAGUUCAGUGAGAGGAGAAUUAGCUUGCCUGUCUGUAGAUAGACAUGUCUCUGUGUUCACUGACUGUCAACACACCACCACUCUGGCUUAUGAUGCUGUUAUAGAAGAAAUGGCUCUGAGUGAAGAUGGGGAGCUGAUGAUUCUGGGGGAUUCUUCAGGGAGGCUUCAUAUUCUGGACACCGAGGCCUGUAAAAUGAUCUUCUCUCAUAUUGUUACACCACCUAACAGAGUGGGGAAAACAUUUAGUCGGAUCAAAUGUUUUGAUGCAGAAGAAGGUUUGUACAAUUUAUUUGUGCUGGCAGUCAGUGGAGAACUGAAGAUCUUGAAGAGUUUUAACAAGGAAACAUUUUUGGCUGGAGGGGAUGGGAUUCGUACCGUGCUGAAAGAGAAACUGAUCUCGACCAACAUUAGUCAGGUCCAUUCCUCAGUAACUGACUUACUGUGUUUAGAUGACAGCUUCAUUACUAUGGGGAUUGGAGAUGGAAUUCUGGGAGUUUGGGAAUGGGAAGGCAGGGAAGCAGUUCUUGAUGAGGAAGUUGGAGAUUACUUAAUCUCAGCCUCUGGAAUUGUACAAGGAAAAGUCACCAAUGAUGGAAAUUUCUUAUUCUCUUUGGAUACCAAGGGUAAUUUGUGUCUGUGGAGCACCCAGGCCUGGUUUCUUCUGAAGCAGUGGACAGAGGUCAAAGUUCAGGAGUUCCAGUUAUUAGAAACAAGAGAAGUUCAGAAUCAGGGCUUACAUGACAUGAGGCUAGCUCUGAUCACUACACCAGUAGAAGGACACAGUACACUGAUGAUCCAGAGUCUGCCAAACUUUGAGAGUAUCUAUAACUUACAGCUGAAUGCUCCCUGCUUCAUCUCCGACUGUCUGCCUUCACAGGAAUAUUUAUUUAUAGUGGAGUGUUGUCCCGAUGCAGAAUAUCCCAGUUUAGUGUCCACAGUGAGAUUCCGUUGUCUGACCGAGACCAAUCCAGAAUCCAGACUGUAUCGUAUCCUGUCCAAGAAGAAAUUUGAAGAAGCAGUGCUGUUUGCAAAGAUGUAUCAUUUAGAAAUUGAUCAUGUAUACAAGGUAAAAGUGAAUUAUCUGCUAGAGCAGUUGUCUCCCUGGAAUAUGAAGAAAUAUACAGAAGACACCACUAAUGACCUGAUAGAGCAGCUCUGGGAAUGUCUACAGUUUGUCAAGGAUGAUUUAGAGCUGAUAGAGAACUGUAUGAACUCUGCCCUCCCUACACUGGGCCUCACACAACAAAUGUUGGAGUAUUGCAGAAAAAUGUUGAUGGAAUUUCCUGAGCAAAAAUUAGAUACCAAAGGGAAGAAAAAACAGCACAGUUUAACCACCAAGUUGAAUGAAAUCUCUCGAAGAUUGAACACGUAUCGUAUGGCAUACAGCUCCAAUCAGUACAGUGCUGACAACUGGGACCAUUUCAGAAAGGCUGAUCUACUAGAGGAGGCUCAACACAACAUGAGGAUGGGGAAUCUUAGUGUGGGACUCACCAUCUGGGUCCAACAUCAGUCUGAGUGGGAGAGAAUCUUGAAGCCUGGUGUGGUAGAUGCCUUCCUGUCCUAUAUACCAGAGAAAGUGAAAGCUGUAGAAAUACUUGGUAUUCUGAGGGACAGCAUCAUCCCUUAUGUCAUCAGACUCAUUCCAGAUAAACUGGAAAGCCUAGUCUCUUGGGUCAUCAGAAAAGCCACAAAUCUUGAACUGAUGGAAAAAAGUGCUUGGCCUCUGAAUGGUCUGGAGUUUAUGCGGUCCAUCUAUGACUGUCUGUGUCAGGCCCUGGAGAUACACUACACUGAGGAUACAUGUGACCAGUCAGACCUCGUCAAUAAGACCAAGAUCAACAUAGCAGCUGUGUUGGACCCUGUGAAGAAACUGAUCACAAAUUUACAACACCUGUAUGACCUCUACCACAAGUACAGGUGUUAUCUGACCUUUGCUCAGUUCCUAGCUGAGACCACAGAGUCAGUGACCUUUAGGAUGUUGGAUAAUGUGGUUGCCUUGGAGAUGAUUCAGACUCGCCUGACCCAGCAGAUCCGACCUUACAUGCAGGAGCAUUACCUGAAAGAGGACACAGUCUUCACUAAAUAUGUCAAGGAUUUGUUAGAGAGAAGCAUGGGACUGACCUCAUUCUAUGGAGAAGCUCCAUGGGAAGCCAAAGUGAUAGCAGUCAUUGGUUGUAUCAAAGACCCCAGGUCCAAGUGUGAAGCCAUUCUGGAGACGAUGAAGAUGGCACGUAUUCCUCUGUCGGCUCAGAUUGAGAAACUCAUACAGGAGGGCAUGGAAUUAGAACAUCCCAAAGCCACAGAGAUACAGGAGCAAUACAAGAUGGUGACUGUCAGAAAACUGGUUCUAAAGUACGGAGUCAACCGGGUACCAGACAAACAAUCCAAUGAGGACCUGAUUAAGUACAUCCUGGUCCAAGACAAACCAGACUGUGUACAGGACGCCCUGAGUGUGAUGGAGGCGUACGGUAACACAGAGUACGAACAGGAAAUCUAUCUCUUCAAGUGUAGAGAUCUCAUUCACAAAAACAAGUUAUACGAGUGUAUGGAGCUGCUGAGACAGUGCCCCACCCACUUGACCUUGACCUGCUGUCGUCACCUGAUAGGAUUCGUCAUUGUUCACCUUAAAGACCCAGUCAUCUUUGAUAAAAAUGUUUGCUUCAUCAGAAAACAAUUGUUGUGUGAGGCUGGGAUUUACUUGAUCAAAUUCAUUAUCAGCAGAAUUCCAGAUCGUUUUGAAGUUGAGGAUUUAGAGUUUCUACUGUUUAAUUUGAAAAAUGUCCAUGCCUUACUGAAAGAAUUCUCCAUUUAUCUAACACUGGACCAGUAUGUUAAACCAGACUUCAGAAGGAAAACCCUGCAUAGCUACAUGGUGGACUUUUUCAAAAAGGAGAGCAGAAAUUGGACAGAGGCUUACAGACUGGCAGAGAUUUUACAGGUGUCUAAUAUUGAGAUGGAAGGGGAGAUGAUCAUGCAAGCUGCUAAAAAUGGAGAAAUCAAAGAUGUUCUCAGAAUCUGCAAGAAACUGCUGGACUCGGGUCCCUCAGAGAAGACUGCUGAGAUUUUCUACAAUGUGGCCUUGGUGCUACAAGAAGUGUUAAGUGAAUCAGAGAAUGGAGUAGAGAACCUGAGGAGCUUACCUAAGAUCACACAUCAACUGGUGUGUCAGGCCAUGAACAUGUGCUCACCGAGUCUCCUGCCGAGUCUGAUCACACUCAGUAAAGUGACGAGUCUCUGUGAAGCUGUAGACAGUCAAUGUGAAGCAGCAAGCACCUGUCAGGAUGAGAUUUGGGAGGGAAUUGUACAGGGCAAGACAGUGGACAGAGAUUGGAGAAUUGAUGACUCAUUUCAGGAUGAUGCUCUUGUGAUGAAUUCACAGUUUGUCCUCCCACUGGUCGCAAAGUAUGCAGAGUCACAGCCAGCUACCACAGCUAAUGAAGAUAAACCUAGCCCUGACCUGGCAGUCCAGAAACAGACUGUGUUACCUGUCCUCCAACAUCUCAAGGACAAUAGUCAUCACCUGCUGGCUCUACAGUUUGCCCUUCAUAUGACCUUCAAUGCCAUGGAAACCAUUAUGCCAGCCACAGAACAACAUGACUCAAGCAACCCUGUGGAUAAUAAUAAAGUGAAUCAACUGAUGCAGCAAAGUUCACCCCUCAUCAGGGAGUUCACCUCAGCUCUUCUCAUGAAGGUUUUUAACUGUCAAGAAGUGAAUCACAGACUGGCCCUGGCUUUACUCAUCAACCGACCUAAAAACGAGGGACUGAAGAUGAUGAUGAGCCUGAUUAAAGCCUCGGGACACAAGUAUAAGAAACUGAGGGCCAUGGGUAAUGUGGGUAUAGGCAUUGGUCAGCUUUAUAGAGAGGCCUCAGUGAUAGAGAUGUGUGAGAAACUGAAAAAGAAUGCCAGCUGGGGACACAGAUUGGGAAAAAUAAAGAUAAAUUUCAGUGAAGUAUUUGGAAAUCCUGACAGUGAAAAAAGAAAGUUGCUGCCGCAACUCGUCCAAAGUGAGGCAGCUUCUGUUUCCCUGAUCCAAGAAUUUUGUCGGGAGUUUUGUCUGGAUGAGGAUGAGGCAUUGAUGCUGUAUCUGGAUCACGUCUUCACCACACCUGAAUCUCCGGAUCUGUUGAAUGGAAAAUCGAAGCUGGAUAAAGCUCGAAUUGCUAUCAGAGAGAUCAGUGCCAAAGACAAUCUGAUGAAAAAACUAGUAACCAUGUACAGCAAGACAGAUUCCUAUGAUUAUGAAACCUUGGCUUUCCUUUUAAAUGAGAUGCAGAGACUGGAAAUUCAGAUAAAUCAACUUCAUCCAGACAAGGUCUUGUUGUUGCUUAACUACUUGAGAGUUUAUAAGAGGAAGUCAGAACCCUCUAAGUAUGAGGUACAGCACCACUCAGGAGAAAACAGGGACGAUCUUCAAAUAAUGGAGUGUUUACCUGCUGCCAGUAAAAACCGUCUUCCAUUUCAUCCCCUGGUAAAUGAUGACCCCUGGAAAAUCAUCACACCAGAGUUGACCAAGGAGACUAUAGCUACCUGGUUGAACAUGGCACCGCUUUUAAAGCUGGACCGAGACCAGUUGUUCUUGAUGACCAUCAGAAACAUGGUACAGAGACACGUGGGUGUGGUGAAGAAAUCCGGUCAUCAGCCCGGAAAUAAUGCUGUGGACAAGGCACAGUGGAACUGGGAGAUGAAGGAGGCCAACACAGAACUUCUGAGUGAUGUACAGGAGCUUCUGAAGCAGGUGUCUAACUGUGAAACAGCUAUGGCCUGUGCUAAAUGGAUGGUAGCUGAGCUACCACUAGGUGCAGAGAAAGUACUUGCUCUGGCUGGCUGUAUGACAUAUGCAGAGCUUUGGUAUAAAUCGGUCCCUGAAGAUAAUCCAACGAAGGAAAAAGCAAAAGCAGCUUACAAAAAGUUCCUGGGUGCCUACCAACGUUUGGCAACAGAGCAAAUUCUGUUUGUAAACAAAGUCGGAGAGCCCGAUUUAGUGCAGUUGGCUGGAAAUCCUGCCAAACUGAUCUCCAAACUGUACGAACACCACAGCAUCACACAGACAGAUCCUUCACUGCCUAGACCAGAUAUCCACAAGGUGGCAGAGGAGAUAGCUAGAGUGACCCACACUGACCUUCAUAAGAUGAGACUGACCCUCAUCAAUCAAUGGCUUCCAUCCUCAUCCUCCAAACUGACUGAUGGAGAGUCGACCGUAACAUUUAACUUUGAGAGUCUGAAGUUGGCAGAACAAAGCAUGAUGAAUGAUGCAGAAGAUGAAAUUAUCAACUUAAAAAGAGUUCUGUACCUCCUUCAGCAAGGAUCAGCUGAGGAGAAUGUCACUUUUCUCCUUAACUUUGUUUUUGAGAAUCAGAAUACUGGAGAAAUGACCUCAGUCACAAAUAUGUGUAAGAUGCGAGCCUUACAUUGCUUGCUGGAGUUACGUCAAGAUGAGAUUGUCCAGAAAAUGUGUGGACGUAGUAUUGAGGACCUUAGGAACCUGCUGAAGACGACCAGUUACCUGAUAGCCCUGGAGAAGCUCCACAUACUGCACUCAGUGGAGACGUUUGAAUCCUCCAACAAGGAGGGGCUGAUCAAAGGAAUCUGGAGGAAUCACAGUCAUCAAAAAUCUGCCUGCAUGCUGGUAGCUGCCCUGUGUUUGGACUACAAAAUUUAUGAUGUUCAGAUCUGGAAUGGAGUUUUACAACAGCUUGUUCACUUUGGUUUGAUGGACCAGCUGGAAUAUGUGUUAGGAAGACUGAAUGCAGCACCAGAAGUCUGGCAGGCUUCCAUGUUCUCCAGAGCUUGGCAAACCAUGUUAGUCACGCCACUUACAAAAGUGGUUGCCCCAUUGACAGGGGACCAAUUAGACACUUGUGUUCACAUCUUCAAUUUGAUAAUUAGGUGCCCUGUGCUGAGUGACACUAACAUUAUAUCUGUGGUGAGACAGCAGUACCUGAAGCUAGAGCUCCCUCUGUGUGCGUUUGCUUGUGUGUUACUGUCAGACAACUCCAUACAGGAACAGCAGGAGAUUCUAAGUCAGCAUAGACUGGGCUUACUUAAAGAUUGUAAUAGAUUGAUGAAACAUGGAAUGAUGGCAGUGGAAAUCAAAAAGGUUGAGGAAGCAGUAUUUCUCUACCUCCUUGACACAGAAGAUUUCCAAGAAAUAUCUGAAUCACCAUUAUCCAAGUCCUUUUUUAAGUUUGCUGUGGAACAUAACAACAUAGAUGGUAUUCUUCAGUUUGCAGUCAGACAUCAAAAAAUAAAAGAAGCAGCCUCAUUACUGGGGAUGUUAUGUUCCCGGAAUGCUCUCUUGGCUAAAAGACUGGAAUCCUACAGGGCUGAUUCUAUAUUUAUGCUGAAGAAAUAUUUGGAACUACAAGGACAUCAGGAGGUGAGCGAAAUGAUUUAGAGAUUCUGGAAAAUGUCAUCCAAAGGGAAAACUCCACAGUUCAAACAAAAAAUAGUGUUCAUUACGACUAAAGUCUGCAAUAUUAACACAGAUUCCACAUGAAAUCUUUAUACAUGUAUAUUCAAGAAUUUUAGAAAAAGAUUUUCUUGUUUAAAAGCAAUGCUAUACAUGAACUGUGGAUAAAAUGUUAAUGACAAAAUGUGUUCAAGUAAAAUCUUGAGAUAAAAUAAUAUACAUGCAUGUACAUGUGAAUAUAAUUAACACACUGUUGUGUCUAAU